AUGGAAGGUAGGAAGUUUUCCGGUCAUUCCGCCGGAAUUCGUAAAUAUCGUGAAUCCUCUUUCAAAUCAAGCUUCGUUUUCGUUGUUAUAAUGGUGAUCCGCCGGAAAGUAACCCGUCGCACCAACGGGACAACUUCCUCAGCUCGCAAAACUACAACUCCCGAUGAUCGCGAUUCUUCUCCGGAACCUGCGUCUCCGUUGACUUUCACCAUAUCGCCGGAUAGUGUUCAUUCGCCGUACUAUCUUACCAGCGGUGACAAUCUCGGCCACUCUAUUAUCUCUGAGGUACUCGAUGGAUCUAAUUACGAUAACUGGCGUAUUGCUAUGAACAUCACGCUUGAUGCUAAGAACAAAUUAGCUUUUAUCGAUGGAUCUAUUGCUAGGCCUAGUGAAUCUGAUCAGCUCUUCAGGAUUUGGUCUAGAUGUAAUUCGAUGGUGAAAUCAUGGAUUCUCAACUCCGUUUCAAAGGAAAUUUACAAAAGCAUUCUCAGAUUUAAUGAUGCUUCUGAAAUUUGGAAAGAUCUCUCGACUUGUUUUCACAUCACCAGUUUACCGCGAUCUUAUCAACUCUCCCAACAAAUUUGGUCUCUCAAUCAAGGAUCAAUGGAUCUCUCCACCUACUACACCAAAUUGAAGACGUUGUGGGAUGAGCUUGACGGUACUAGUUGUGAGAAAACCCAGAUCAUAAUGAAGAAGAACGUCCCUGCUUUAUCUGAGAUCUAUAACCUCUUAGAUCAAGAUCAUAGCCAGCGAACUAUUCUUCCCGUUCACAAUGCCACUGCCUUCCAAGUGACAGUUCCAGAUGCUUCUCCUGCCUCUGUCAAUGCAGCUCAGACGAAUUAUCAGCCUCAGAAGCAGAAUCAACGAGUCUGUACUCACUGUGGUUAUACUGGUCAUACUGUGGAUACUUGUUUCAAAAUCCACGGCUAUCCACCUAAUUUCAAGCAUAAGAACCAAAAAUCUGUGCCUGAGAAGCCAUCUUCCACCAACAAGCCUUCUCAACAAUCUCGUCCCGUUGUUGCUCAGGUUGCGAUUCCUUCAGUUGACACCGUACCUGAGAAGUUCACUCAACUGUCUAAAGAUCAGAUUCAGGGAGUCAUCGACUACUUCAAUGCGCAGCUCCACUCUUCUGUCAAUCAACUUUCCGAUGAUACUCAGCUUCCCGGAGGUACUAUCACUACACUUCCUGGUAUGGCAUUCUCUUCCUCUACGUUACACUUUGUGGGAGCCUUGAGAGCCACCGGUAGUGUCUUGAACUCUGAGUCUUGGAUCAUUGAUAGUGGCGCAACGCAUCAUGUUUGUCAUGACAAGCGCUUGUUCUCGAUGUUAUCAGAAAAUGUCCAUUCUUCUGUGACUCUGCCUACGGGUUCUGGUGUUCAAAUCACAGGAAUUGGCAGUAUCAAACUCUCUGAAUACAUGAUUUUGAAAAACGUGUUAUAUAUCCCCGAUUUUCGACUGAAUCUCCUCAGCAUCAGUCAACUGAUUAAAGAUUUGGGAUAUCGAGUCUCGUUUGACAGUGUUUCUUGUGUGAUACAGGAUCCUAUCAAGGGACUGAUGAUUGGUCAGGGUGAAGAAGUGGCUAAUCUCUAUGUCUUGGAUGUUGAGUUUGGAUUGCAGCAGUCUUCUCAACACUCUAGUUUUCUUUGUAAUGCUGUUGUUGAUUCUGAAUUAUGGCACAAUAGACUUGGCCAUCCGUCAGAUUUCAAAACGGAUUUUGUCACUGAUAUGAUUGAGAAUCAGUAUGGUUGCAGAGUUAGAGGGGUUCGUUCUGACAAUGCACCAGAGUUGAAGUUUGUGGAUUUGUACAAAGCUAAAGGAAUCAAGGCCUUUCACUCUUGCCCUGAAACUCCUGAGCAAAAAUCAGUCGUCGAGAGGAAACAUCAGCACAUAUUGAAUGUUGCUCGUGCUCUCAUGUUUCAAGCGAAGGUUCCUUUGGAACAUUGGGGCGAUUGCGUUUUGAAUGCUGUCUUUCUCAUCAAUCGUUUACCCACUCCUCUGUUGAAGAACAAGACGCCGUUUGAUAUGUUAACCGGAAAGAAAGCUGAUUAUAAGGGCCUCCGUGUUUUUGGCUGCCUUGCUUUUUGUUCCACACUUCAAAGGGACGAAACAAGUUUCAGCCUCGAGCACGACCCUGCACACGUUGUUUUCCAUGAAGAAAUCUUUCCCUUUGCGAAAGAUGUACGCGAGCCCUUCCCUGACGUUUUUGAUUCCAUGCCAGAUUCUUCUUCGUCUUCUAGUCCUACUACUCUAGAUAAUGUCAUUCCUGCAGUCGAGAUUGAUGGUGUUGCUCCUGUGGUUGAGAAUGAUGUUCCUAGAGCAGAUAGUUCUACGGAGGAAUCUGUGCAUCGGGAUGAACGAGCUGAGAUUCCAUAUCCUCUUGCCUACUAUCUCUCUUAUGAUGAGUUGUCUGAGGAUUACAAAGCUUACGUAUGCUCUGUUAACAUUCACUCUGAACCGAGCUCUUUUGCUCAAGCCAAGAAGUUUGAUGAAUGGCUUGCGGCUAUGAAUGAGGAACUCAUUGCUUUAGAGAAGACAUGA